AUGCAACAGGCUGGGGAGAAGCCGAACAGGAGGGAUACCUUUCAUUAUCUCCUGAAUAGCAAGGACCCGGCAACGGGUAAGGGUCUAACGAGGGAGGAGUUGCAAGCAGACAGCGCGCUCGUCAUCGCCGCGGGCGCGGACGGCGUUGGGCUCACCCUCUCCGCAACGGUCUUCUAUCUCAUUCGCAAUCCGGCCGUCCUCUCCAAACUCACCACUGAGAUCUGCCAGGCGUUCGCGAGUCUGGCCGAGAUUCAGAAUCCAAAACUAAACAGCCUGACUUAUCUAUCAGCUUGCAUAGACGAGACCCUUCGUCUCUGCCCGCCGAAAGCAAGUACCGUACCCCGCCAAGUGUUAUCUGGAGGCAUGGAAAUCGACGGUCAUUAUAUCGCUGCGGGGGUGGAUGUAGGAACGCCCGUCUACGUCCUCCAUCACAACGAAGAGCAUUUCCCGCAGCCGUGGUCAUACAAACCGGAACGCUGGAUCGUAGCGGACCCUGACGGCGAGACCGUAGCAGCUGGAGAAGAGGCGGAAGGCGUGACGCGCGAAAGCGUCCUCCAAGCCCGCGCGGCGCUCUGCCCGUUCCUGAUCGGGCCGAUGAACUGCAUCGGGAAGAACAUGGCGUAUUUCGCGGUCAAGGUUAGUCUGGCGCAGUUGCUUUGGAGGUAUGAUAUCAGAGCUUCACGAGAAGGGGAGGGAAUCGGUAGGAGUGGAGGUGGAGCGAAGGAUCUGGAGUGGGGGAGGCAAAGGGAGGAUGAAUAUCAGAUCACGGAUUACAUUACGGGCUUCAGGGAUGGGCCGAUUGUGCAGCUCAGGGCCAGGGCGAGGGGCUGA